AUGACAGUACGUCAGCAGCGGGAUGGCCGUAGCUGUGGCGGCGGCUGCAGGAGCCCGAGCAGCCGCGGCCGCAGUGGAGGCUGGAGCCCGAGCGGCGUCCGCGGUGGCACCCCGGGGCGUUUAAGAUGGCGGCGGGGGGGGCGGCGGGGCUGCGGGAGGAGCAGCGCUACGGGCUGGCGUGCGGGCGGCUGGGGCAGGACAACAUCACCGUGCUGCAUGUGAAGCUCACCGAGACGGCGAUCCGGGCGCUGGAGACUUACCAGAGCCACAAGAAUUUAAUUCCUUUUCGACCUUCAAUUCAGUUCCAGGGACUCCAAGGGCUUGUCAAAAUUCCCAAAAAUGAUCCCCUCAGUGAAGUCCACAACUUUAACUUCUACCUGUCAAACGUGGGGAAAGAUAACCCUCAGGGCAGCUUUGACUGCAUCCAGCAAACACUCUCCAGCUCUGGGGCCUCCCAGCUCAAUUGCCUGGGAUUUAUACAAGAUAAAAUUACAGUGUGUGCAACAAAUGACUCCUAUCAGAUGACCCGAGAAAGAAUGACCCAGGCAGAGGAGGAAUCCCGUAAUCGAAGCACCAAAGUUAUCAAACCCGGUGGACCAUAUGUAGGGAAAAGAGUGCAAAUUCGGAAAGCGCCUCAAGCCAUCUCAGAUGCAGUGCCUGAGAGGAAAAGGUCAACCCCCAUGAACCCUGCAAAUACAAUUCGAAAGACACACGGUGGCAGCAGUGUUUCUCAGAGGCCAUACAGGGACAGGGUUAUUCACUUACUGGCACUAAAAGCCUACAAGAAACCUGAGCUGCUUGCCCGCCUGCAGAAAGAUGGUGUCAAUCAAAAAGACAAGAACUCCUUGGGAGCAAUUCUGCAACAGGUGGCCAAUCUGAAUCCUAAGGACCUCUCCUAUACCUUAAAGGAUUAUGUGUUUAAGGAGCUCCAGAGAGACUGGCCGGGUUACAGUGAGAUAGACAGACGGUCAUUGGAGUCAGUGCUCUCUAGAAAACUAAAUCCAUCUCAGAAUGCUGGCACUAGCCGAUCAGAGUCUCCCAUGUGUUCCAGCAAAGAUGCUGCCUCAUCUCCGCAGAAACGACCUUUGGAUUCAGAUUUCAUUGAUCCUUUGAUGAACAAAAAAGCUCGAAUAUCUCACCUGACAAACAGAGUCCCACCAACAUUAAAUGGCCAUUUGAACCCCACCAGUGAAAAAUCUUCUGCAGGCCUCCUACCGCCCCCUGCAGCUGCUGCCAUCCCCACGCCCUCACCGCUGCCUUCAACCCACCUGCCUGUCUCAAAUCCGCCUCAGACUGUAAAUUCCAACUCCAAUUCCCCUAGCACUCCAGAAGGCCGGGGGACUCAAGACCUACCUGUUGACAGUUUUAGUCAAAAUGGUAGCAUCUUUGAGGACCAGCAAGACAAAUAUACCUCUAGGACUUGUCUGGAAACAUUACCCCCUGGCUCAGUUCUGCUAAAGUGUCCAAAGCCUAUGGAAGAAAACCACCCAGUGUCUCACAAGAAGUCCAAAAAGAAGUCUAAAAAACACAAGGAAAAGGACCAAAUAAAAAAGCAUGACAUUGAGACAGGGGAGGAAAAGGAGGAAGACCUUCAGAGAGAAGAAACUGGCAAGUUGAGGAACUCCAGUCCGAAUCCCAGUGAAGGAGUUAAAGAAGGUUGCGCUGCCUCCAUGGAGCCUUCUUCAACAAUUGAACUCCCAGAUUAUUUGAUAAAAUACAUUGCUAUUGUCUCCUAU